GAGUGAAUCGUGGCAGGUUGAAUUGUCCAGUCAAUUAUUUACAUAGAAUCUUUCCUGUGUGAAAAUUUCUUAGUUCGGACAAAUAUUUAGAUCUCUAUAGUUUGGAAAAUAAUUCAAUCUAACCCGUCACCAUUUUUCAUAUUAUUUUUUCCUCUAGAACAAUGGAGAAAGCCGAAAAACCACAAUUCCAUUGUCCACACUGUUUAAAAACAUUCAAAAGAAAAUACGCCUUCACCACACACCUGGCCAUCCAUGAUCCUCAUGGUCAUGUAAAAUGUUCGAUUUGCAGCAAAUCAUUCAAAACCAAGAACAGCAUGAUGUCCCACGUUUCAAGCAUUCAUAAAAAUAAAGUUCAACCAACUUGCAAAAUUUGCCACAAAACAUUUGCUAAUUCUGCAUCUUUGCAAACUCAUACUUACCGUGUUCACCGUUUCACGAUGCGUCAACGAAUACUCUGCCCAUUUGAAGGAUGCGAUAGGACGUAUCUUAAUAAACAAUCAGUCGAUAUGCAUGUCAGUGUCGAACAUACGGAGAAUCCCGACCUAUUUUCCUGCAUUUUAUGCGGGAAAAAAUUCAAAUUUAAAUCGAACCUAUCCAAUCACAUUGUCACACACACGAAGGAGAAGCCCUACAAGUGCCCUAUAUGUGAGAAGAUUUUCGCUAUAAAAAGUCACUUGAAAAGUCAUGAGAUACCAUGGAGUCUGCUCAUAAGCGUCGCUUGAAAUGUGAACAGUGCUCCAGGUCUUUCGAGCAGGAGGACCUUGCCAGACAUCUGCUCACGCAUGACCCUGUUAAUAAUGUUAAAUGCCCGAUCUGCAACAAAUCAUUCAAACAUCUUAAAAGUAUGAAAACACACUUUGCCAAUCACCACACAAAUAAUGUCCGAUCGAUUUGCAAAAUUUGUCUCAAAACGUUCAUCAAUUCCACGAUUUUGGCCCAACACACUAAGAGAAUUCAUAGUUCGGAAACCCGAAUACGGCUCCCCUGCCAAUUUAGUGGAUGUGAUAAGACCUACCUAAACAAGCCGUCGAUCAACCUACACGUCAAAAUGGAACAUACAGAUAACCCCGAAAGAUUUACCUGCACUCUUUGCGGGAAGGAAUUCAAACAGAAUGCAAACCUUUGCAAGCAUAUUGUCGUCCACACGAAGGAGAAGUCCUACAAGUGCUCCAUUUGCGUGAAGAGUUUUGGAGAAAAAGCUCACUUGAAAAAGCACCAGGUCCAACACAUGGAGAAAUCCGUACGACCAGUGUUCACCUGUCAUAGUUGUCCCAGGGUAUAUUUCACCAAAUGUGGCUUAAAAAGUUACAUUCGGACUAUUCACGAAAAACAGAAGAAUUAUCAAUGCAUAAUUUGUGCGAAAAAAUAUGGACUGGCGCAUCAUUUAAAAGUUCACGCGGAAGCGGUACAUCCAUCUAGUGGAGCUGCUGUGCAUUCCUGCAAAAAAUGUGGGUACAAGUGUUUCUCCAAACAAUAUCUAGCCCAGCAUAUAAGAAUACACGAGAUUGGUGGGAAGAAGCAUGAGCGUUAUUUCUGCGGGUCAAAAUUUAUAAGAUUUUCUCACUUGGUCGAACACGUUUCCCGUAUGCAUACUCUCGAGGCGCACAGAUCGUUCUUAAUGAGACCAGAAUAAAGACGGCGUCGUAGGCUUUUAUAAUUACUAAAUAAAUUGGCCUUAAUUUGGCGGACAAAUUUAUUUGAACUUAAAUUUCAAAUAAGUAAUCAUGGAUUAUUCAAAUUAUGUACAUUAUAUCAAUAAAAUCCAGAGCAUAUUUACAGGUUGUCCCAAAAUUUUAUUUUUGAUCAUUUUUAAGUUGCCUAGGUAAAGAGGACCAUAAUCAUGAUGGUAAAUCGAC